AUGGACAAGUUUCGGAUGGUCUUCCAGUUCCUCCAGUCCAACCAGGAGUCCUUCAUGAAUGGCAUCUGUGGGAUCAUGGCCCUUGCCAGUGCCCAAAUGUACUCAGCCUUUGAUUUCAAUUGCCCCUGCCUGCCACGCUACAACCUGGCUUAUGGGCUGGGCAUCCUCCUGGUGCCCCCGUUCAUCUUGUUCCUGCUGGGCUUCGUGCUGAACAACAACGUCUCCAUGCUGGCGGAGGAGUGGAGGCGGCCCCGGGGCCAGAGAGGGAAGGACCCGGCCGUCCUGCGCUACAUGUUCUGCUCCAUGGCUCAGCGGGCCAUGAUCGCCCCAGUGGUCUGGGUCUCAGUGACGCUGCUGGACGGCAAGUGCAUCACCUGCGCCUUCUGCACCUCGGUGCCUGUGGAGACCCUGGGCAAUGCCAGCCACCCUGGUCUCUCCCAAGGGGAGAUGAAGCAGGUCCUUGCCCGCAUCCCCUGCAAAGAGAUCUACGAUGGACAGGAGCUCAUUGACAAUGAGGUGGCUGUCAGGUACCUGCGCUGCAUCUCCCAGGCUCUGGGCUGGUGCUUUGUGCUGCUGAUGACCACGCUGGCUUUCUUGGUCAGGUCCCUCCGGCCCUGCUUCACCCAAGCCGCCUUCCUGAAGAGCAGGUACUGGUCCCACUACAUCGACAUCGAGCGCAAGCUGUUCGACGAGACGUGUGCGGAGCACGCCAGGAGCUUUGCCAAGGUCUGCAUCCAGCAGUUCUUUGAGGGCAUGAGCACGGACCUGGCGGACACUUGCUGCCACCCACCCAGGAAAGCCCCUGCUGAUGUGGGGGAAGCUGCUGAGAAGCUCUUGGGCAUCACUGACCAGGGCACCAUGAACACGGCCCUGAAAAGCUGGCACAGAUGCAAGCCCCCGCUGCACCUCCACCCGCCUGCCCUCGCCAGUGGCAACGGCUGGGCAGGGGAUGGGCAGCCCCCUGCACACCCCCCUGUGCCCCGAAGGGAGGCAGCUGCCUACUACAGCCGGGUGUGA